AUGUCUGACCCAGGUAGCUUUACGAUUCCAUGCACUUUUGGGAGUUAUGCCUUUGCAAGGGCAUUAUGUGACUUAGGAUCCAGCAUAAAUUUGAUGCCUCUGGCUGUAUACACCAAACUGGGCAUUGGCAUAGCUAGACCGACUUCGAUGCUAUUGCAGCUGGCAGACCGCACAGUUAAACGGCCGACUGGGAUUCUUGAUGAUGUGUUGGUACAAGUGGGGAAGUUUGUGUUCCCUGCAUACUUUGUUAUUCUGCACUGUCAAGUAGAUGAGGAGAUCCCCAUCAUUUUAGGGAGGUCAUUCUUAGCCACUAGGAGAGUACUGAUUGAUUGUGAGACUGAGGAAUUAAAAAUGAGGCUGAACAAUGAAGAAGUCAUAUUCAAUGUUCAGCAAUCCAUGAGGAGACCCGGUGAAUAUGCUAAUUGCUCCUUAGUGGAGGCAGUGGAUGUAAUCCUACACGAAGAUGAUGUGACCUUGACUGCUAAAGAUCCAUUAGAGGCUUGCCUAACAAACUUAGAGGAGAUGGAUGAUAACGGGUUAGCUGAGUUGGUCAUGGCACUUGAAGGCCAAGGAUUUUGGAAGAGGGAACCUUAG